CCUCCUCCGCUCAUUCACUCCCGCUCUGCCCGCCGCUUUCUUCUCCUUCUUCACCCUCCGGCUCCCACACCCCCUCCAUUCCCGCUCCUAGCCGACACUGCACUGCAGCUGCUCCGCGCCCUGCCCCCUCCCCAGUGAGCACAUCAGCCACACUGCUCGCCGCCUCAGACUGCUAUUGAUCCGAUUAAAGAAAAAAAAAAAAGAAAAAAAAAAAACCUUAGCAACCCCAAACGAGAGAGAAAAAAAAAAAAAAAAGCCAAAACAAAAGGGAGCCGCUUCUCCCGGUGCAGCGGCAGGAACUGCAAGCAUGAUGGCGGCAGCUCCCAUUCAGCAGAACGGGACCCAUACGGGGGUUCCCAUAGAUCUGGACCCGCCGGACUCGCGGAAAAGGCCGCUUGAAGCGCCCCCUGAAGCCGGCAGCACCAAGAGGACCAACACGGGCGAAGACGGCCAGUACUUUCUAAAGGUUCUCAUACCUAGUUAUGCCGCUGGAUCUAUAAUUGGGAAGGGAGGACAGACAAUUGUUCAGUUGCAAAAAGAAACUGGAGCCACUAUCAAGCUGUCUAAGUCCAAAGAUUUUUAUCCAGGUGCUGCCAGCGGCAGAAGAGAUUGUACAUGGGCCUGUACAGAAGGUAUUUCUCCACUGUGCCAUCUGCAGAGUGACACUGACUAGGAGUACUACAUAGACUGUACUACUGAGAGGGUUUGCUUGAUCCAGGGAACAAUUGAAGCACUGAAUGCAGUUCAUGGAUUCAUUGCAGAAAAAAUUCGAGAAAUGCCCCAAAAUGUUGCCAAGACAGAACCAGUCAGUAUCCUACAACCUCAGACCACCGUUAAUCCUGAUCGCAUCAAACAAACAUUGCCAUCUUCCCCAACUACCACCAAGUCCUCUCCAUCUGACCCCAUGACCACCUCCAGAGCCAAUCAGGUAAAGAUUAUAGUUCCCAACAGCACAGCAGGUCUGAUAAUAGGGAAGGGAGGUGCUACUGUGAAGGCUAUAAUGGAGCAGUCAGGGGCUUGGGUGCAGCUUUCCCAGAAACCCGAUGGGAUCAACUUGCAAGAGAGGGUUGUCACUGUGAGUGGAGAACCUGAACAAAACCGAAAAGCUGUUGAACUUAUCAUCCAGAAGAUACAAGAGGAUCCACAGAGUGGCAGCUGUCUCAAUAUCAGUUAUGCCAAUGUGACAGGUCCAGUGGCAAAUUCCAAUCCAACCGGAUCUCCUUAUGCAAACACUGCUGAAGUGUUACCAACUGCCGCAGCGGCCGCAGGGCUACUAGGACAUGCUAACCUUGCCGGCGUGGCGGCCUUCCCAGCAGUUUUAUCUGGCUUCACAGGCAAUGACCUGGUGGCCAUCACCUCUGCACUUAAUACAUUAGCCAGCUAUGGAUAUAAUCUCAACACAUUAGGUUUAGGUCUCAGCCAAGCAGCAGCCACGGGGGCUUUGGCUGCCGCAGCUGCUAGUGCCAACCCAGCAGCAGCAGCAGCCAAUUUGUUGGCCACCUAUGCCAGUGAAGCCUCAGCCAGCGGCAGCACAGCUGGUGGAACGGCGGGGACAUUUGCAUUAGGUAGCCUGGCUGCUGCUACUGCUGCAACCAAUGGAUACUUUGGAGCUGCCUCGCCCCUAGCUGCCAGUGCCAUUCUAGGGACAGAGAAAUCCACAGAUGGAUCAAAGGAUGUAGUUGAAAUAGCAGUUCCAGAAAACUUAGUUGGUGCAAUACUUGGCAAAGGAGGGAAAACCUUAGUGGAAUACCAGGAGUUGACUGGUGCAAGGAUACAGAUCUCCAAAAAGGGAGAAUUCGUACCUGGCACAAGGAAUCGGAAGGUAACCAUUACUGGAACACCAGCUGCAACACAGGCUGCUCAGUAUUUAAUUACACAGAGGAUCACAUAUGAGCAAGGAGUUCGGGCUGCCAAUCCUCAGAAAGUGGGUUGAGUGUCCCAAUUAUACAUCAGAUUGUUUUAACCCCUCCUUUACCCCAUUUUCAAGAAGGAUGUACUGUACUUUGCAGAAGUGAAGUUUUUCUGUUAUUAAUAUAUAAUUAUGCAAAUGAAUGCGACUAUGUUGACAAUGUGUAUAUGUAAAUAAUAUGUGUUUUACCAGAUGUUUCAUAGAGUUUUUUCUUGAUCUGUUUUGUUCUCUCUACUUUGCUUGUGUAUAUUUGUCAGGUGUUUCUAGUGUAAGAUUUAAGCCUGCCAUUUUACCAGCAUUAUUGUAGUUUAAUGAUUGAAUGUAGACAGGGAUAUGCGUAUAGUUUUCAGUAUUAGUUCUAGAUAACACUAAAUUAACUACUGUUAGGUUGAGUAUGGUGGGGUCAGUGACCUAAACUGGAGUGAGGCCAAAGCACUGUCAUGUAUGUCUUACUUCCUGCUUAGGGCACAGAGAAGUAGGAAACAAUAUUUUGAAAAAUAAGUUUUCAAUUUAAAACGAUCAAAAAGCAAUAUAGUUGCAUAAAAGCACUGUAAAAUAUUUAAAAGGUUAAAACUGUGGAAAAUUACAUUGGUAAGUUUACAGAUCAAUAAAAGCACCUGUUCUCCAUCUGAACUAGACAAUGGAAAUAAUGCUGCAUGCUGGCCAGGGCCCAUUCUUCAUCAUGUGUAAGUUCAACAAAAGUUCUCACAUGGAGUCCCACCUCUUCCGAGGUUUGUACAUUUGUUUUUAAGCACUGAUUUCACUACUGAUCCCAUCGCCUGGCCAGUAGAACAGUCAUUACUCCAUUAACAUCCUCACUGUUUAGACACAUAACUGUGGUACAGUGUAUUGGAAAUUUUAUAAACAAAAGUGAAAGUGCCAACACAUUAUUGAUAGCUGAUAAUGUUUCAUUAUCUGCAACUGCUGGAUAAGUACGUUGCAUUUUAAGAGCUUAUAAUUGUGUAUAAUUUGUUAACACUAGAAACCUAUUAGUAUUGUGAAUGUAGACUUUACUGUGAAGCUAUCUGUGAUUUAGCUGUUGCUCCAUGACGGAGUCCUUGCAGCAUGGCGCUAGCAGCCAGUGCAGUUUCUAAUACUCGGUAAUUUGCAUGUUUUGUGGAGCAUUUUUAUGUCACCAACCAGACAGUAUUUCCUGCAUGCUUAUUUAGAAGAGGCAGUUUAUCUUGAGAGGUAGUGUGAUCUACCUUUGUCAGGCUUUUUGACAGGUCAUUUCAGAUAAGCCUUUGUUCCCAAGACCCAACAACUGUCACCCUCUUCUGUACCUCUCCUGAGUGCCAACUGUCCAGGCCAUUUGACACACCAUCUGUUAACCUCUGAGUUUGCCCACUCAAGGCCACUCAUAGGGGCAUCCAUCCCCAGCACCUCCUCAUGCUGUGCAUGCAGUCUUAAAUUCAAUGGACAAAACUAAAAUGCUGGCUACCUCUGGAUCAUCUGGCUGAGCAACUGAAUUACAAAAGAGAAUUACUUCCAUCUCAACUUCAGCCCAUUGGUUANGUCCAUCCUAGCAAGCUAAAUGGCAUCCCAGCUGCUCCUUUCUGUGCAACCAAUUAAAGAACAAUGAGUGUGAUGCUCCAUGUCUGAAUUUCGUCCAGCCUCUCUCUGAACUGUGAUCUUUGUCCUCAUGAACUUUCCCUUUUGUUCAUUGAACUAUAUGGACUCUUCAUUUCAUAUUGAUUUACUGUGCAAUUUACUUUUGGACAUUGAGAACUUGAAAUUAUUUCCUGAUCCCUUCCNCUUCCACUAUUAAUAAUUCAUUUCUGUCAAACUGUAAGAGUAGGACUCAUUUUUUUUUAUUUUAGUUUUUAACAUUGGACUGUUAUUUCAUUUAGAGUUCUCUAUCUCUAAAUAUUUAUUUAGAGAAUGAUUUUCAAAGGGAAUGAUAUGCUUGUUUAAAUGAAAGAGAAAAGCUGUAGUAAACUGUGUUAAUUGGUAAUGACUAUUUAUCGUCGAUACUCUGUAGCUGUGUAAGUUUUGACAAAUAGUGUAUCUCGUGGAAUCAGUGGUUAGCAUUGCCGCUAUUAUAUUUACUCAUUUUAUCAUUAUAAAUGUGCUUAGUUCAUCAUGUAGCA